AUGGGCUUUUGGAAGAACCCGUUUUCCACUGCCUCCUCGCAGGACACGGCCGACCCCGAGCCACCAUCAGCUCCCGCCGUAGCGCCGCCCGCGCCCACAGUAUCGGCGACCUCGCCCAUUCAGACCGCACCCGCACGCUCCGCCAGACUCGAUAAUGCGCGUCUGUCCACGAUUUUUGAGGCCCGCACCGCUUUUGCGGGCACAAUUGCUUUCCUUUCCGGCGUGGCCUUGGGCAUGGCUCACGGCAGCCACUCUGCUGCCUUGCGCUACCGUGCCGAGAAUGCGCAUCGGCUGCCUACAGACGCCACGGGCUGGUACCUGUACCAUAAAAGCAAAAACUACCACACAAUGACAGGUGGCGUACGCGAAGGCCUGCGCAUGGGCAUCAAGCUUUCCGUUUGGGUCAGCGGCUUCUACAUGUGUGAAGAGGCCAUCGAUCGCAUACGUGGACUGGGCGAUAGCAGAGGUGAUUUUUGCAGCACUGUCGUGGCCGGUUUGGGUACAGCAGGCGCGUGGAGUCUGUGGAAUCGGUUCCCACCAAUUACGAUUGCCCGCACCGCAAAGAUGGGCUUAGCAGUUGGGCUGGGCUACGGUCUUCUGCAAGAUGGCGUAACACUCCUCAAGGGACAGCGCCUUAGAUACAUUGAGUAUUUCCGCAACAUCCCGACGCGCAUGGAAGAUCGCCGGCAGCGCCAAAUUGACCGGGCCCUGGCAAGGCGUGGUCAUGAGACCUGA